GUGGUUUCUAUGGGACAGUUUAGGUCAUAAUUUGUUUCAAAGUUGUAGAAAAUGUUUUUAUUAUAGAUUAGAGAUAAUUUAUUGUUAACUCCGAGAAGUGUGUUGUUUUCUUGGAAUAUAAUGAGUUCAUUUUGGUUAAAUGAGUUCUGGGUUCAAAAUUGCAGUUCCACUCCGGUCCAACAGGCAGCGCCAGUCCUGAGUGCCGCAGCUCCAAACUAGACCUAAAGCGGCGCUGAGGUUUAUUUCCGGGUUAACCCGUUGUCGGGGGAAAAUCUGGACAGAAAAACAGGUUUGGUCUAAAAAAAAAAUAUCCACAAUGAAGAAAAACAGCUCGGAGAAAAAUCGCCAUGUGGUCGCUUGGAUCAACAAAGCCGAGUGGGACCUGGUUCAGGAGAACAUUUUCUCCAAAGACGUCUCCCUGCAGAAGUUCGCCCUGCAGAGGAUCUCGGCGUGGAAGGCCAGGUUCGCGCACAGCUCCCCCGUGGCGGUGGACUGCACCGCCGACCUGGUGAGGUGCCAGGUUCUGGACCGGUCCGGACAGCUGAGCGGAGACGAGCUGGUUCUGUUGUACGGGGCGUCCCUGGUGAGGUUCGUGAACCUGAUCACCGAGAGGCAGCAGGGGAAGGUGGCGCGCCCGCUCCGCCGGCUGGCCGGGAAUCUGAACAUCCCGGAGUGGGUCGUGGAUCUGAGACACGAUUUCACCCACAGGAAGCUCCCCACCCUGAAAUUGUGCCGAGAGGGAUGUAAGGUGGUUCUGGAGUGGCUCCAGCAGGAGUACUGGUCCAGGCAGCUGGGAGGAGGUUCUGAUGAAGGCUGGGAGGCUCAGUCUGAGGAGGACGGAGACCCCAAACGCCUGGAGGACGAACUUAUGGCCAGGCAGAAGGAAAGGGAGGCCUACAAGACCGCCCGAGAACUUCUGAUCUCCUACGAGAAGGAGCAGUUCCAGACUCUGGAUCAGCUCCACGAUGUCCAAGACCACAACCUGGGGCAGACUCCUUUCGCCGACAUGAGCUGGCUGCUGGGGGAAAUCAAGCAGUUUUCUCUGGAGGCCAGUGACAUGUUGGUGGACGUGUUGCUGGAGGAUGGAUUUCUGGUCCCCACGAUGGAGCAACUGGAGACAUUAGGCUGCAAUCCCUCUGAGAACUCGGAUCCCACACGGCCCAGAAUCCCCCAGAUCUUCCUGCGUUUCUGGCUCCCUCUGUUGAAGAUGGUGAACUCUGAAUCUUUCAUUCAUGUCCUCCUGGAGAAGCUCUUUGCAGAACUGAAACUUCUCGAGGAGGAACAAGCCAGUCACAGGGCGUUCUUCCUGUCUGCCUGGACGUCGGAGCUCCUGCUCUGCAACAACAACAAGUUUGAAUACCACUUUGAAACAAAGCAGCAGAAGAAGAACAGACUCAAAGACAGGGUCUUUGUGAACCGCAUCCAGCUGCGGUGGCAGCAGCUGCUCGCUGCAUGCCUGGAUGCUCCCUGCAUCAGCACACCUCACCUGCUCCAGUUAAUCCUGGACGACAUGGAGCACCCCCUCCCCCUGGAAACCCGGCAGAAGCUGCUGCGGCUCAGCACCAUCUACACGCAGGCUUCCCGCAGUGAGGGGAGUUCGGCGCCGGAGCAGAAACGGCAGCCCAUCUACACUCUGGAGAGUCUGCACGAGAUGCAGAAGCACCAUCCGCGGCACGUUGUGACCGACAGGAGCGAGUCCUCCCACGCUCACAAGGCUGCAGAUGAUUUGGCAGAGAAGGCGAAGGCGCUGCAAGGUUCUCCUUGGCAGGUGUGCACCGAUAAAGUCCAGUGGAAGAGAUUCCCUCUGGGGAAGGUUCCCGGGCAGUCAGACGAUCCCUCCAGUCUCAUGAUAGAAAAUUACUCCACGAUGAGGGUCUUUGACCAGCCCGUGGAGCCGGAGAGCAGCAGUGUGCAAAAAGUGUCCGCCCCCACCAGAACAGCUGACGGCUUUCUGUGGAGCCAGAGUGACUUGCACAGGCUGAAGUCUGGACUUGUUCUUUUCUAAAUACUCCUACUAAGGGGUCCGAGGUGGGGGAAAAGGGGGAAAAAAACAGCUUUUUUCUCAAUGCAAUGAAGCACAAUGUCCCCAGUUAACAAAAUAAAUGUUUUCUGAAACUAGAAAUAUGUUGAAUAUGAAUGUAAAAGUGUCUGCCAUGAAAACAAAACUCAUUUAUAAUAGCUGGAACCAACAAAUGUUUUGUUUGUUUUUUAAAACGACAGAAAGUAACUUGAUGUGUGAAAAAUCAAACAUUUAGUGACCUUUUUGUCACUAAGAGGAGCUGAAAUGUUGAGAAGUUUUUGGAAAAAAAUAAUAAAUAACUUCUUGUUUUUUAGUUUUGUUUGAACCAA